AUGAUUUGUCACAAACGUCAAAAGGAAGAAUUAUCAAAACAAUACUUUUUUCGGCAGCUCGCACAUUUCCUCGAUUGUACUUUUCGUGUUUUCAUAUUUACCAAACGAGCUCACAAAACAAAGCACUAUGAGCGACGAUUACUUGAAUAAACCACUUUCGUUCGGCUCACCUCCGCAAUCAGGAAUUGCUGCAAGUCCUCAGCUGCAACCUUUGUCGCCGUAUCUAAACUACGAUGCACGUUACCUUCAAGCGCAACCCGAAUUUAUUUUUCCCGAAGGAGCUUCCAAACAGCGAGGCAGAUUCGAGCUUGCUUUCUCACAGAUUGGCUCCUCGGCAAUGAUAGGUGCCUGUAUUGGUGGUGCUGGAGGACUGUACAAUGGUAUCAAUGCAACGCGGCUAGCUAAACAGACUGGAAAAUUACGCCGAACACAAUUGUUAAAUCACGUCAUGAAGCAAGGUGCUGCGACGGCCAAUACGUUUGGCACGAUAGCGGUAAUGUAUUCGGCUUUUGGUGUCGUGCUGCAAUACGCUCGCGGUGAAGAUGAUGAAAUCAACACAAUCGCGGCUGGUGGUGCCACCGGUUUACUGUACAAAUCCACAGCCGGACUACGGAAAUGUGCAAUCGGUGGAGGAAUUGGAUUGGCCCUAUCGUCCUUGUACGUGGUUUGGUGUAUGGCUGGUGGUGGCUCAAAAAAGCUGAGCGAUCUUAAGUCGCAGUACUUGUAAUGAAACCAACAGAACAGUUAUAGAAUCUACUGUUAAUUUGUAAAACAUCCUUAACGUAACAACUGUUCCGGAAAUGGUUCAGUGCGGUGUGCAGUCAAAUGUUGGAAACAUAUGAGAGAAAGUGUGGUUCAACUACGAGCAUUCAACUAACUGUGUAUUACUAUAGGCUCAAUUAGGUAGUAGACCAAUCUCGAAAUGUUGGGACAUCGCGUAACUCCAGUGUCGCUGCAUAAAGCGAAAACAUAACCAGUUAAUAAACUUAUAAGUUUGGAGCUACAAGAA